AAAUGUUUUGGUCUGUGUGUGUGUAAUUCGAAUUAUUAUUAAUACGACGACUUCUCAAACUUCUCCCCCACUCGCAGCCCACCAAAUAUAGAGUGUGCCCUUCUUCCUCUUUCUUCUUCUUCUUCAGCUGUUUUCCGCCUCACAGCGAAACCAUCUUACUCUCUCCCCAGCAAUGGCGGCGACUACGACGGCUACUGCUGCUUCACUGUACUCAGCUCAUGUCCACUUCCAGAAUCAGAACAGGGCUAAUGGGUUUCCGGCGAAAACCCCAAACUCCCUGCAAGUAGCCCAAAUCACCGACGGGAGGAAGAUGAGAAAUGCCACUCUUCUCUCCGCUGCUUCCACCGAUAAAGCCGUCACCACUGGUCAGCCUGUUUCCCCCACCGCGUGUGAUAGAGCAAGGAGGCAUACAAUAUCGGUGUUCGUGGGUGAUGAGAGCGGUAUAAUAAACCGGAUAGCUGGAGUGUUUGCUAGAAGGGGAUACAAUAUUGAGUCCCUCGCUGUUGGAUUGAACGAAGACAAGGCUAUGUUUACUAUAGUUGUUCUCGGGACUGACAAAGUCUUGCAACAAGUAGUAGAACAGCUUAACAAACUCGUCAAUGUCAUCAAGGUUGAAGAUCUCUCCAAGGAGCCGCAUGUAGAACGUGAGUUGAUGCUCGUUAAACUUAACGCUGAUCCAAGCACCCGCUCUGAGAUCAUGUGGUUGGUGGAUAUCUUUAGAGCAAAAAUCGUUGAUACCUCGGAGCACACUCUAACGAUCGAGGUAACUGGAGACCCGGGAAAGAUGGUUGCACUGAAGACGAACUUAGAGAAGUUUGGAAUAAAAGAAAUUGCGAGAACAGGGAAGAUUGCUCUGAGACGGGAAAAGAUGGGAGAAACCGCUCCAUUUUGGAGAUUUUCAGCGGCGUCAUACCCACAUCUCGUAAGGGAAUCAUCUCAUGAGACUGUUGCAGAGAAAACAAAGCUAGCAUUGACUGGAAACGGCAAGGCAUCAUCUGGGGGUGACGUUUAUCCAGUGGAGCCAUAUAAUGAUUUCAAACCGGUACUUGACGCUCAUUGGGGAGUAGUCUACGACGAAGAUUCGAGUGGUCUCCGGUCCCACACGUUAUCUUUACUUGUGGCCAACGUUCCCGGAGUUCUCAAUCUAAUAACCGGAGCUAUCUCCAGGAGAGGUUAUAACAUCCAGAGUCUAGCUGUUGGUCAUGCUGAGAAAGAAGGCUUAUCUCGGAUUACGACAGUUAUCCCCGGAACAGAUGAAAAUAUCGACAAAUUGGUGAGGCAGCUUCAGAAGUUGAUUGAUCUUCAUGAGGUCCAAAAUAUAACCCACAUGCCAUUUGCGGAGCGAGAACUGAUGCUGAUCAAGGUAGCCGCUCAUACUUCUGCGAGGAGAGAUGUUCUUGACAUCGCUCAAGUUUUCCGAGCUAAAGCCAUUGAUGUCUCUGAUCAUACUAUCACUCUUGAGGUAACGGGAGAUAUCAGAAAAAUGGCUGCACUACAAACGCAAUUAGAGGUCUAUGGAAUCUGCGAGGUGGCUCGGACAGGAAGAGUGGCAUUGAGAACUUGCCGCAAGCUUCACUGUUCCUGGAAACUCGUCAAGGACUCCACCUUGUUUCUUCAUCAUCUGUGUUUGAUUUCUCCCUCGCGAGUCAUAGCGUUUCAAGGAGUUAGAGAAUACGCACCAAGGCAAGCGCGCGAAACCAUGAGAAUGUCAUCGGCUUCCACCUCGGAGUACCGGUCUGCCGCCGUGAGCCUUGGCAGUACUGGAGGUGGUCAACGAGAUGCGGAGUCUCUGUUUCGCACGAAACCAAUGUCGGAGAUUCGAAAUGUGGAGUCGGCGACUAGGAAGAACAUCGAGGAUAAGAAAGAGGAGCUCCGGCAACUCGUGGGGACUAGGUACCGCGAUCUAAUCGACUCAGCUGACUCGAUCGUGCACAUGAAAUCACUCUGUGAGUCGAUCUCGGCCAACAUCUCUUCGAUCCACGGUAACAUUCGAUCGCUUUCCUCCUCUUCCGUUGCGGAAACUCCCGAGCUUGCUAGCCCUAACCCAGCCCGAGUCAAUGUCUAUGGGAUCGCUUGCCGGGUUAAGUAUCUGGUGGAUACACCGGAGAACAUAUGGGGAUGCCUUGAUGAGUCGAUGUUUCUAGAAGCUGCGGGGAGGUACAUGCGUGCUCAGCAUGUUCAGCAGAGGCUGGUAAAGCUGGAGGGAUGUGGUGGUGGUGCAGCAGAGGUGGAUCAGAGUAAGCUGUUGGCGAAUUUUCCACUGUUGGAGCACCAAUGGCAGAUAGUUGAGAGUUUCAAGGCUCAGAUUUCGCAGAGGAGCCAUGAGCGGCUUCUGGAUCCGGAUUUAGGACUCGGUGCUUACGUGGACGCCUUAACUGCCGUUUCAGUGGUCGAUGAGCUUGAUCCGAAGCAAGUGCUUGAGUUGUUUCUCGACUCAAGGAAGACUUGGAUUCUGCAAAAGUUGAAUGCUUGUGCUGCUGAUGAUGCCGGUGCUGUCGUUUCAGUGUUUUGUGAUGUGUUGAGUGUGAUUCAGGUCACAGUAGGACAAGUCGGGGAACUCUUUUUCCAAGCCUUGACUGACAUGCCUCUGUUUUAUAAGACAGUCUUGAGUACCCCUCCAGCUUCCCAACUGUUUGGUGGAAUUCCAAAUCCAGAAGAGGAGGUUGGGUUGUGGAAAUCGUUUAGGGAUAAUUUGGAAGCCGUCAUGGUCAUCCUUGAUACAACUGAAAUCGCUAAGGCUUGCCUGACUUGGUUGAGGGAAUGCGGCGGGCAGAUUGUUGGUAAAGUUGGUGGGAAGCAUUUGAUUGAAGCUAUUGUUACUGGGGAAGAGCUUGGAUCAGCCGAGAAGUUGAUAAGGGAGACCAUGGAUAGCAAAGAUGUCUUGAGGGGUAGUUUAGAUUGGCUUAAAAGUGUUUUCGGGUCUGAGAUUGAGCUGCCUUGGAAUAGAAUCCGGGAGCUUGUUCUGGCAGACGAUUUGAACCUAUGGGAUGAAAUAUUUGAGAAGGCGUUUGUGGACAGAAUGAAAUCCAUUAUUGACUCCAGAUUUGAGGAUUUGGCUAAAGCUGUCAAUGUGGCAGAGUCGGUUCAUGCCUUUAGCGAGAUCACUGGUGAGAAGAUCAACUUCCAAGCAUACUUAAACAGACCUUCUACAGGUGGUGGUGUCUGGUUCAUUGAGCCUAACGCAAAGAAACCUGGUUUUAUUGCCGGAAAUAAAUCAUCACCCGAAGAAAGCGACUUCCAAAGCUGUCUAACUGCGUACUUUGGUCCUCAAGUUAGCCAAAUGAGAGAUGCAGUUGAUAGGCGCUGCCAGAGUGUUUUGGAAGACCUCCUAAGCUUCUUUGAGUCAGAAAAGGCAAGUCCGAGGUUAAAGGAUCUUGCUCCAUACGUGCAGAAUAAGUGUUAUGACAGUGUCUCAACACUUCUUACAGAUGUAGAUAAAGAACUCGAAUUUCUCUGUGCUGCCAUGAAGAAAGAGAACAAGGACGGUGAAGCAAUUCCACCUGCUAUAAUAAUUGAGAAAUCUCUUUUUAUGGGACGCCUUUUGUUUGCAUUGCUUAACCACUCAAAACACGUUCCCUUAAUUCUCGGUUCUCCAAGGUUGUGGUGUAGAGAAACUUUGACUGCAGUUUCUGAUAAGUUGUCAUCCUUGUUGAGGCAACCAAGAUUUGGCUCAAAUAGUGCAGUCACUGCUGACAGCCCUGGAAAGCAGUUUCAUUCCGAUCUUAGAAAGCAGAGUUCGUUAGCUGUUGCUGCACUACUUGGAGCAGAAGAGAAGACAAGUCCAAAGUUCGAAGAGCUUAAUAAAACUAUGCGAAAUCUGUGCAUCAAGGCUCAUACAUUGUGGAUACAGUGGUUAUCUGAUGAGCUUUCUGCUAUACUCUUGCGUGAUCUUAGGAUUGAUGAUGGAUUGUCUGCUACAACUCCUUUAAGGGGUUGGGAAGAGACAAUAGUCAAGGAAGAGCAGGGGGAAAGUCAAUCUGAGUUGAAGAUAUCGCUUCCAUCCUUGCCUUCGCUCUAUAUGAUUUCAUUUCUCUGUCGGGCAUCAGAAGAAAUUCAUCGAAUUGGAGGUCACGUACUGGAUAAGUCUAUUCUGCAAAAAUUUGCUUCAAGCCUGUUGGAGAAGAUCACCAUUAUUUAUGAGGAUUUCUUAUCUGCCAGGGAGGCCAACGAACCCCAAAUUUCAGAGAAAGGAGUUCUACAGAUUUUGCUGGAUUUGAGAUUUGCAUCUGAUGUUCUCUCUGGGGGUGAUACAAGCACCAACGUGGAGUUACCAAAGAACACAAUGAAUAGAUCAGCUUAUAGGCGAAAGCAGGACCAAAAGAAAAUAACGUCUGUCAAUAGAGGUCGCAUUGAUGGAGUGAUCUCUCAAUUAACCCAAAAGUUGGAUCCCAUAGACUGGCUCACGUACGAGCCUUAUCUCUGGGAGAACGAAAAGCAGUCAUACCUACGCCACGCUGUACUCUUUGGAUUCUUUGUGCAACUAAACCGAAUGUACACAGACACGGCGCAGAAACUACCAACUAAUUCAGAGUCAAAUAUCAUGCCAUGCUCCACAGUUCCCCGCUUCAAAUACCUUCCCAUAAGCGCUCCAGCUUUGUCUUCUAGAAGUACCAAUAAGGUCUCUAUUCCAGUAACAUUAAAUGAAGCUUCGUCAAGAAACUCAUGGAAGCCAUUUACAAACGGCGAGCUUUCUCAAACGAGUGAUUUGGAGGAUAACUCCAGUUUCAGUGUGGCUUCUCCGUUCUUAAAGUCUUUCAUGCAGGCUGGUAGUAGAUUUGGGGAAAGCACGCUGAAACUGGGAUCAAUACUAACUGAUGGGCAAGUGGGAAUAUUCAAGGAUAGAUCAGCAGCCGCUAUGUCCACAUUUGGGGAUAUAUUGCCUUCUUCCGGUUUACUCUCUUCCUUCAGAUCGGUUUCCAUUGAGUUAGGUAUUAUUACGUCUAGCCUUGUCAAUGAGAGGCUUCAGCUUCUUCUUAUCUGCAAGAAUCUUGAGGAAAUUGAAGAGGAAAGGCACAUAGUUGUGUUUCCUUCUCAUUUCUUAGACCUCUCUUCCUCCAUUACAAUCUUCUGCGAAACAGUCUCUAUCCCGAUAUUGACUUCCGAUAAAGAUUUGUCCAGAGCCUCUUCAGCUCGAUACAUCUCCUUCCUGUUCUUAACCACGGCUAAGAGACUAAAUCGAAUCUCGUUCUGCAAAUACCGGUCGAUCCUCUCUUGUACCACAGGUUGCACCAUUUUGAGCCAUUCGAUUCCUUCUGGCUCACCGAGACACUGUCCAAGACUAAUGGGUCCUUCUUUAAGACCAUCUAGCUCAUAUAAGAUGCCGUCGACAGGUGGAAAGUCUUUGGCGAACGCUUUCAGUUCUGAUAGCUCCGAACCAAUUUCGAUACUCGAGGAGUUCAUGAGGACGGAUAGUAUCGCUUGCGUAGCACAAGCAUUGUUGAUUAUCUGCAACAAAACGCAUGGUUCUACAAAA